AUGGUACAGUUUACGCCAAUUCGUGGGUUUGUGAAUACACCUGUGUCCAAAUCGGUAUGUAUAGCCUCGACUGUGGUAGCAUUGUUGGUAUCUAUAGUGCAGGUAAAGUAUCUAUUUAACUUGCAGAUUGAUCCAUUUAUAAUAGAGUACUCCCAGUAUUGGAGAAUCGCGACUUAUCUGAUAACAGUCAUCAAUGAAUCAGACUUUAUGUUGUGUAUCUUUUUGUGGUUUCUGUACAAAAUCUUAGAACGAUUCUUCGGAUCUCGAAAGUACCUUUCGCUUAUUGUAAUAUUUUCCUUAUACAAUGCAUUGAUUUGCUUCAUAUUCAUGUCAUUCGGACAGAUCAUAGCAAGUAUAUCCAUGGAUUUUAUACGGCCCUAUCUUGGCUUGAGUGAUGUAACUGGUUGGUAUGAUGGUGGGUUUUUCAAUAAAGUUAUUCCUGGACCAUUGGGGGUUGUCUCAUCUCUUUAUGUUUGCUAUGGGAAAUUUAUCCCAGUCUCAUAUCGAUUCAACAUUGUUCUUUCAAUACCAAACAAAAGGAGCCCUGAAGAUCAAGAGGAUGAAGAAGGUAUUGAUAUUGGAUCCCAUAUUGCGGAUUCACAACCUUCUCGCAUGGGGAAAGUGUUGACACUCAACAAUCAUGUUCAAAUACAUAUACUUUACACUUUGUUAAUGUUGAACCAUGGCAUCCAGUCAAUUAUCCCAUGUGUUGUGGGCUUAUUCUUGGGUAAAUUAUAUGUUAAUGAACUUUUACCCGGUUCAAAAUGGGUAUUACCAAAAGUUGUAUAUAAACUAUUCGUUGGCCCAACUUCAUUGUUUGCUAAUUUAUAUACACUGUUUUCUUCAAGUCUUAGUGGUGGUUAUGACAGGCUCAGCAACUCAGUGACUUCGGAUACUUUGGCUAAUAGUCAGCUUUUAGAGGAUGAACAUGAAGAAACACUUGAUGAAUUACGAAGUAAUAAUGGUGUCGUAAUCAGAGCAGAAACACCCGUAAGACCAUUGGGGACUCAAUUUUUAGAUACCUUCCGAACAUAA